AUGAGCAAUGCAACAUCGGCACCGCAGGCCUAUUGGUCCUCGUAUGCACCCCGCUUACGCACCUACAACAACUCCCUCCUCGUCCCAGUCAACCCCAGUGCUCCCGCAGUCCCAAAGACUACUAAACGGGGAACGACCAUAAUAAAUUACGCAGAAGACGGAUUUGACGACUACGACGAUGACGACGAUGAUUUACGGCGAAGACCUUCGAGCCUGAGAACCCUUCGGCGGGAUGACAGUGUCAACAAGAUCGAGACUAGCGAUAAAGUUGGGAAGGAUACUUCACUGCCCGUCGAGGUGCAGGGCAUAUGGAGAGACUGGCAGGGUAAAUCAAGACUUCCGCGAUCAGACUCGGCAAACUACGUGCAAGCCUGUCUUCCAUCGACCCUUAUACCUAUCCGCAUUGACGUAGAUAUCCCGGCCUUCAUCCCCGUGGCGCCUCUUGGACCACCCAUCGGACCACAGCCGGGCACAUCAACUAUCAAUUCACAGUUUGAUAUGUCAAAUCCUCUCAACAGACAGCCAGAGAUGACGUCUCCCUACCGCCUGCGAGAUACGUUUUUGUGGAACCUACACGAGACGCUCAUCACGACGGAUCAGUUCGCCCUCGGCCUCACCCAGGAUCUUGAUCUCCCUAUCCGGUCUUCUGUCGCUGCAGAAAUAAGCAAGCAGAUUCGAACACAACUCGAAGAAUACGCCGGCGUGGCACUUCAUCCCCUUUUCCACACACAAACAGGUUCCGCUCUAGUCACGCGAAGCCCCGAUUUAGCCACACUUGCUACAAAUGUUGCAUCAGACUCUUUAAGAAAUGGGACUGCGGCUCAGCCUUCAGCCGCCACUCUUUCUCCGAAUACCGUAAAGGCUGCUGCCACUGCCAUACAUCCCGGUUCAGACGACUAUAAUCCUGACGACACGUACCGAUGCAUCGUCAAUUUGAACAUCAAUUUGUCAUCCCGACUGUAUACUGACAAAUUUGAAUGGUCUCUUCUCCAUCCUCCUGGGACGGCCGAGGCUUUUGCCAAACAAACCUGCGCCGAUCUGGGGCUGUCUGGGGAAUGGGUCCCCGCGAUGACCCAUGCUAUCUAUGAGGCUGUCUUGCGACUAAAAAAAGAAGCUUGCGAGGCGGGUGGACUGGUGGCAGGUUUUGGGCCCGGUGGUCUGACAGAUUUUCCUAACGACGCGGUAAUCUCAGCAGCCGGGGAAGGAGCUGGCUGGAGAUACGAUCCCGAGCACCUGGGCGGUCAAUGGGAGCCGAAGCUCGAAAUGCUAACCAAGGAGGAAAUCGAGAGGCGCGAAGGUGACCGUGAGCGCCAAUUGCGCCGUCUGCGUCGAGAGACAGCUCGAUUUAGUAGCAACACUGGAAUGGCCGGUGGAGUUCCCCUCGGCUUCGGUUUCGGCGGCUUGGCACUCCGGGGGGGCGAGGCACGCCAGAUACCAGUGGAGGGGGUUAUGGAGGAGGCGGUACUCUUGCAGACAGCGAACGCGCUGCAUGGCGCUGCUCGCAUUGCCGUAUAUGGGGAACCAGUGUCUGGGCUGUCCGAGACGGGCCCUUGGGACCACGGCCCAGGUCGCGUGAACAUAAUCGGCGAGCAUAUCGAUUACUCUCUGUAUAGCGUUCUUCCUAUGGCUAUCACUGCUGAUUGUCUUCUUGCCAUCCGCUCCGUCGAUUCUGCUGGUGGUGCCAACUCCGCCACCUUUAAGGUCCAAAUCGCCAAUGUACAAAGCUCCAAAUUCCCUGCUCACGAGUUUGACGUCUCACGCGGAACGGUAGGGAUCGAUUCAACAGUACACGAGUGGGCAAACUAUUUCAAGAGUGGUCUCCGCGGCGCCCUGGACUUACUGAGGGAAAGACAUGGGAAUGACUUCACUUCAAAGAGCAUGCAGGUCUUGAUGGAUGGCACGGUCCCUGUAGGUGGAGGUUUGAGCUCCAGUGCGGCAUUUACUAGCGCCAGCGCUCUCGGUGUUAUGUUUGCAAACGGAGAGACACAGAUUGACAAAACUGAGCUCACUGAACUCGCUAUUGUGAGCGAGCGGAGCGUUGGUGUGAACUCUGGGGGAAUGGACCAGUCUGCAUCUGUGUUCUCGGAGCAAGGCUCGGCUCUUUUUGUCUCGUUUACACCACAGUUGACAGCCCUGCCCGUUUUCUUUCCUCCUACCAACCCGGAGUUGUCCUUCCUCAUUGCGCAAUCCUUCGUGGCGGCUGACAAGUACGUUACCGGACCCGUCAACUACAACCUACGUGUAGUUGAGUGCACUCUUGCCGCAGCCUACAUGAACGCCGUAUUGAAUCCGCCAGGCACCGUACUUCCUAGCGACUCGGGGCCUCUCGGAAUCAGCCUCCAUGGCUUCCAUGAUACUUAUAUUCGCCUCAAGAGACUUGGUAGCUCGCGAGUCGCAGACAGUGCCGAUUACGAAUUGCAGCAGAUGUUGGAUUUGGUCGAGAAAGUCCUGCCAAAAGAGGGCUACACAAGAGAAGAGAUAGCUUCUGUCCUGGGAAUAUCCAUUGCCGAUCUGGAUGUCCGGUACAUGUCGCGCUUCCCCGUCCGUGCGACAAUUUUCAAGCUCCAGCAGCGUGCUCGUCAUGUCUUCGGUGAGGCUAGACGUGUGCUGAAUUUCAUGGAGUUAUUGAGCACAGAAGCUCACGAUUCCAAUAACUCCGACACUUCUGCAUACAACGAGAAAUUGGGCGCGCUCCUUAACGAAACGCAAAAUUCCUGUCGGGAUCUGUACGAAUGCAGCUGCCCAGAAUUAGAUCAGCUGUGUGCGAUUGCUAGAAAAGCAGGCAGUUACGGUAGCCGCCUCACUGGCGCUGGGUGGGGGGGAUGCAGCGUCCACCUUGUUCCGACCAACAAGAUAGUCGCAAUCAAGGAGGCUUGGGAAUCGGAAUAUUACUCUAAGAGAGAUUUGACGCCAGAGCAACGGGAGGCUGCAGUUGUGGUGAGCAAACCUGGAAGUGGGAGUGCUCUGCUGAACAUAAGCACCCGUCUCUGGGGCUAG